AUGGAGGACCAGCAACCCAUAGCCUCCUCAUCUCGUCAUAUCCAAGCAAUUCCUACUACGGGCGAGAGCCAGUCACCAAGGUCGCCCAGCAGAAAACGUUUGAACUUGGCAGAAACUACAGGCGAAGAAGAGCCAUCUUCUGCGCCAGUCACCAUCAAACGUCGAUUGAUUCGGCCAAAAAAGCUAAGACAGGUUAAGGACGAACCUUCGCCGCCACUUGAAGAGGGUCGGAUCUCCAUGGUUUCUAGACAGCCUCCUCAAGGAUCCCCUCCAGAUGGGUCGCAGGCAACGGAACCGACUCCAAAACAAAUCUCUCGACAGCCUUCCCCUGUCGCAUCUUCCUCGGCCCCAUCAUUUGCUCCUCCUCGUUCCCGGUUCGCCCCUCGUCGCUCCGCCCAUCCUUCCUUGGUUUCAUGCAGAUCAGUCUUCAACUACACUCGUCUCAACCAUAUUGAAGAAGGAACGUACGGCGUCGUCUUCCGUGCACGGUGUAAUGAUACUGGCGGAAUAUAUGCGCUGAAGAAGUUGAAGUUGGAGGAGGAGAAGCAAGGAUUUCCUAUCACGAGCUUGAGAGAGAUCAUGGCUCUCAUGCGUGCUGGGAAUCAUGAUAACGUAGUCGGGAUCAGGGAAAUUGUUGUAGGAGAUACAUUGAACCAGGUAUUCAUUGUAAUGCCCUUCAUUGAACAUGAUCUUAAGACUCUCCUGGCAGACAUGCCUCAUCCUUUCCUCCAGUCCGAGGUCAAAACAAUCAUGCUGCAGCUUCUAUCUGCAGUAGGCCACUGUCACGACAACUGGAUCCUUCAUCGAGAUCUCAAAACUUCGAAUUUAUUGAUGAAUAACAGAGGACAAAUCAAAGUCGCCGAUUUCGGACUGGCACGAAAGUUUGGAGAGCCUUUGGGGGACAUGACACAGCUGGUCGUGACGCUAUGGUAUCGGUCGCCAGAGCUCUUGCUGGGUAGUGAGGAGUACUCGACAGCGGUAGACAUGUGGUCCAUAGGCUGCAUCUUUGCGGAGCUAAUGCAGAGCGAGCCGCUCUUCCCAGGAAGAGGAGAAAUCGAUCAGAUCAAUCGGGUCAGUGUCGCAUCACUUUAUACGGUGUCAAUAAAGCUGACCAUCACAAAACAGAUAUUUUCACUCUUGGGAAGACCGAAUGAAGAAUCAUGGCCUCGAUAUACCUCCUUGCCUCUGGUGAAGAAAUUGAACCCUGUUGGUCCUUUGUAG